UCGGGUUUGCAAAUUUAACAAAAAGGCCUGCAAAAAAACUCAGAGACGCGUCGACAGUGCUUCCGCAGCCGUAUCCAACAGCCUGCACGCCGUCGACGCGCCGGAGCAAACACUUGCUACAAAGCGGUACUGAACGCCGCAGCGCCGUCGACGCGCGCCGCAGCAGCAGACACACCAUUGCUGCGCACCCCUACAGGAGUUACGUGCGCGCAGCGCCGGCGGACACGACGCCGACGAUGCAGCCGGCGGCCGGCCGCCGCCUGCGGGUCAAGGACCUGUGCGUCGUUUUAGUCUUCGCGGGAGCUGUGGUGACGACGCUGACGAGCCGGGCCGCGGCGCAGAGCCAGCUUAUGAGGGAUGAGGAUUUGCGAGUGCGCGAAUUACAAGAAAGGCAGCAGCGGGCCGACUGCGACCGGAAGACGAGCGAGGCCGCGGCCCGCGUCGAGGCCGAGAAGGACGCUAUCAUAACACAGCUGCGGGACGAGCAACGCUCACUCGCAGGAGAAUUGAAGGAGGCCCGGAAGGCCGGCGAACGCUUGUCGCGGGAGUUGGAUGGGGUCCAGGCCCAGCUCGAUAGUGUGAGGGAGGACCACGACGCGGACGGUCGGGCACACGCGGACCACAAGCAGGAGCUCGCCGAGCGGCACGAAAGGGUGCUCCAGGACCAGGCCGUGAAGGCGGAGAGCGCCCUGUCGUCGUGCCGGAACGACCUCGAAUUAUUGAGGCGGUCGUCGCACGCGACCGAGGACGACCUGCGCAAGGUCAAGGCCGAGCGCGACGCCGAGCGCGCCACGUCCGUCGACCUGCGGAAGGCGCUGGACGACGCCCUCGCGACGCUCGAGGAGAAGCGGUCCGUCAUCGACGCGGCGUCGCGCCUCGCGGAGCUUUCGUUAGGUGCCGCCGCGGCGCCGCCACCCACGAAGAAGAAGACGAAGCGGCGGAAGGACCCGGCCAUCGCGCCGCUCGAGCGCAUCGUCGACGCGAAGAAGAGCGACGUCGCCGCGCUCGCCAAGGACGUCGCGGUCCUCGCCGGCGGGCAGGCGCCGCCGGAGCGCGACCUCGCGGCGCUGCUCGAGGGCGUCGACGGCGGCGCGGCGGCGGCGGCGAGGUGACUAAGUAUUGAGUG